UAUGGUGAAUUUGGAGGACUCAAUUCAUUCACAGAUCCUGUCGAAGCUGUUAGCUCCAUAAUUUCUUCUGGUGUUGCGAUCACAUCACCUAUUCUUACGUUCUAUUUCAAACGUCGCAUAUUGAAAGCGCUCAACUGUGCACAGCAGCGAUAUACGGAGAAAACUGCGCAGAGUUCGAAAAUGUUUUUGAAGGCUUCGGUGAUUGAGGUGAGGCAGAGUUUCGCAGGAUUAGACAAGUUG